AUGCCGCACUCCCACGGAUAUAGAGCGCGCACGCGUCACAUGUUUGCCCGUGGCUUCCGCCAACACGGAGGAACGAUACACCUUUCGACAUACAUGAUCCCAUACAAAGUGGGUGACUAUGUUGACAUCAAGGCCAAUGGUGCCGUCCACAAGGGAAUGCCACACAAGUUUUAUCAUGGCAAGACGGGUGUUGUCUUCAACGUAACCAAAUCUGCUCUUGGCGUCAUUGUCAACAAGCGUGUAGGUUCUCGCCUGCUCGAAAAGCGUAUUUCUGUCCGCAUCGAGCACGUAAAGCCCUCCAAGUGCAGGGAUGAUUUCAUUGCCCGCAUGAAAAGUGCCACUGCUGCGCACGUGAAUGGCGAAAAAACGGUUUGUAAGCGAAUGCCAAAAUCUCAACGCCCAGCAUGUGUUGUGGAUUUGAAAAACAAUGAGCCGCAGCUGCUGCGCCCAAUUCCAUAUGAAUGUAAGAUUUGA